AUGGACAACGUUCCGAAAUAUAACCUGUUUGGACAAACUAGCCCGGUAGACUUCACCGCCAUAUUUGGAUCGGCUAGAACGGAUCGAUUACAGAAACCAGUGACGUCAUCUGUCUCCGGACAACCACGAGCUAUCGUCGGCUCAUCCAGUUUCUUCAGUCCAAUGUACCAACCUCCUGCCAGUGUUUGGCAAAACCUAGUAGAUGACAUCUCCUCGUCUCGCCAGUCGGAGUACACGAGUCCCCCAAGAAUGAACCGUCAUGGUGCGGGUUCGACACCAGCUCCCGUCACUUUUCCCCAGACACGGUAUAACGCUUCACUGCCAGGAACGUCCACACCGACACCUCAUGACCAGUCUCCCAGCCUAACAGGAACGCCCUCCAGAAGAUCUACUCUAUCGUCUCCACCAGUCAAGUUUCCUCACGCCACCAUAUCCGUUUGUGUUUUCUGCAAGACGAACGGCGAACGUCUUUCCCAGUACGGCUCUCAUGUGCUGAAGGAUUCUAGCGGAAGAGUUACCUGCCCUGUUUUGAGGCGUUACAAAUGUCCGAUAUGUGGCGCUUCAGGGGAUGCGGCACAUACCGUCAAGUAUUGUCCGCUCAACACACAAACUCUCUGA